GUCAGGUGUAGCGCAGGAGUAUUUGCGCCUGCGCUCUCGGUCGCCGCCGCCAGCCACAACGCCGACCUGCCCCGUGCUGCUGGACCGACUCACGCUGUCCAGGGACCGACUUCCAACCUGCGAACCACUUUGUUGCGUCGGGCAUGAUAAGGACCGCGUGGCCACUGCGGACGGAGUGGCGCGCAGCAGAGUAGCGCGCUGGUCGGCUUACUUCUCCGUGCGGCCGCCGGCGGGCCCGGUGCAGUUAGUGCCAGUGUCUACACCUCCCAAGCUCCCCGCACUCUCGCCGCGCUCGUUCACCUCUUCACCUCCGCCACAUUCUUCUGACCUCGCCACGCAACAGAAUAAGAUGCGAUGCAGAAAUGCGGUGCACGGUGUCCUGUGCGAGCUGAUGUCAACACUGCCGCUGCCGCCGUCACCGAUAAAGUCGCCCACGAGCCCCACAACUCCUACGACCUCCGCGACCACCGGGACACCCCCGACGCCCCCGACCCCCGAGACACCUGUGUACACGGCGCCACCCGUUCGAGCACAGCGCAUACGCCGCCUGGACAG